AUCUCCUCCUGAAGACCAUUGGAAAGGGAUGCUCUUCCGAGGUGUGGUUGGCUCGGCAUUUGCUGACCGGGGCACAGGUGGUUGUAAAAGCCUUUAGACGGCAGGGCAUCUCUAGAUAUUUUCAAGAAAUCUAUUGUUUUAAGAAAUUAAAUCACCCAAAUAUCACAAAGUUAUUUGAGGUGAUUGCCACCAAGGACAAGUUUUUUCUCGUUAUGGAGCAUGUGAGCGGAGGGGACUUACUUGAGUACUUGGAGAACUAUGGCCAAAUGAAUGAGGGAGAAGCCCGCACCGUGUUCCGGCAGGUAGUAUCCGCGGUCCAGUACUGCCACCAGAGGGGCAUCGUCCACAGGGACUUGAAGCCAGGCAACAUUCUCAUAGACAGUGAUAUGACAAUUAAAUUAGCAGACUUUGGCUUCAGUAGGGAAGUGAGCGACGAUAAACAGAGGACCUUCUGUGGCACCAUCUGCUAUUCGGCCCCAGAGAUCUUGCAGCGUCAUACCUAUGAUGGCCGAAAAACGGAUGUAUGGAGCCUGGGGGUGGUCUUGUACAGGAUGCUGACAGGGGUGGUGCCGUUUGAGGGGGACAGCAUUGUGAACGUGAAGAGGCAGAUACUAAGUGGACAUUUCCCUGUACCAUGCUUUAUGUCAAGGGAGGUUCAAAAACUUUUAAGAAAAUUACUCACUGUCGACCCUAGCCAAAGACCGACCCUGGAAGAUGUAAUGAAGGACCCCUGGCUCAACAAGGGCCAGGAGGAGACGCUGAGGCCAUACAGCGAGCUGCCCUGGGGUGACUUGGACCCCCAGGUAACAGAAAUGAUGCAGAGCCUCGGCUUUAAGCAGGAUGACAUCCAGGAGUCAGUAGCACAAAGAAAAUUUGACAGUGCUAUGGGCACAUACCUGAUCCUCAGAAUGAUGAAAACCAAGAUGCCAGGCCGCACCAUCAGGGUAAGGCCCUAUCCCUCCCCUGACACCAGUAGCAUGUCCUCAAGCCAAGAGGUUGGUCAGCCAUUUGAUGAGAAGACCAAAGAACCUUCUGUUCCCCCAAACUGCCUGAGGUUGAGGGUAACCACUCUCCCACCCAACCUGGAAACCAUGACCACCACUCCCCCAGAGCACAGUACAGACGCCCCCAGCGCAGACCUCCAGCUUGGCUCUGCGGGCUCCCCCUCCACCCAGAGCAGCAGCAGCACCAGCAGCGGCGGUGGAGACCCAGAGGGAGCCAUCUAUGAAAGCUGCCUGGCUUGGCAGGAGAUGGCUAGGAGGGCCUACGAGUUUUUCUUAAGAUUCACAUGCUGCGGGCUAUCCACCAAGAAGGAACAUCUUAAAAGAACAGAAGUCAAACCGGUGUGAUUUUUAAAGUUGUGAACGGUUAAGGCAGGGCCACAGUCAACUUGAAGGUGCGGAGCUCCAGGAAGGCCGGCCAGUGGUAUGGGCGAUGAACCAGAGAUUGGAGGCAAACAGCUGGAGGCUUUCUCUUCACAGGAUCCACAUCAGGAGGGUAUCCAGCAGCGCCUUGGUCUUCAGAAGAUUCUUAACCACGAUGCCUGCGGGGCUUGUAGGACUGCCUGGAGCCCCCAGAGGUCAAGAGGAGAGGCUGCCCUCACUGUGGGUCCAUCCCUCAGCCCCCACCUGACUGAGACCAGAGACUCGACUUUUUCCUGGGUCCCUUCCCUCCCCUGCUCUUGUGCUCCCAUGUUUGUGAGUUGUGUAUUAAACUAUUUGGUUCUCUCAAGUUUUAUAAUAAACGAUGUUCCAGAAA